AAAAGUCAAAUAAUGUCAACUAAAAAAUCGGAAGAACUAUUACAAUGUCUUAAAAAAAAUAAUAUUAUAUUAUCUAGGUCGCCAUCAUAUUCUACAGAAAAAGUCUACAUUUUUCUUUCAUUUUCUCUCUCCUCAAAAAAGUUCGAAUUUUGCCAACGUAAUCUCCUUUUCUUCCCAUUUCUUGUUUCUUGCUAACAUCACAGAUCUCUCACCUUCUAUUUUUUUCCCCUGAAUUCUUUUUAAAUUUAAUUAAAUUUUCGUUUUCUUAGAUCUAAUUUCACCUUCAAUCAAUCAUUUCCCCUAAUUUGAAUGAUUUCUAGGGUUUAUUUCAUUCCCCCAAAUCGAUAAUUUAGGGUUUCGAAAUUCUGCAUUAAUGGACAAGGAUCAGCUCGGCGGCGCCGGAUUACCGCCGACGGGAAGAUUCUCGUCGUUUUCUCCCUCUUCAACAACGUCACAAACGCAAACGACGUCGUUUAGCAAUGAUUUGAGUCGAAUGCCGGAUAAUCCGCCGAAAAAUAUGGGUCAUAGAAGAGCACAUUCCGAGAUUCUCACUCUUCCCGAUGAUAUCAGCUUCGACAGUGAUCUUGGCGUUGUCGGAGGUGGGCCUGAUGGCCCGUCAUUGUCGGAUGAAACGGAGGAGGAUUUGUUUUCUAUGUACAUUGAUAUGGACAAGGUGAAUUCGGCGACUUCGGCGAAUUCCGGGUUUCAGAUUGGGGAGGGUUCGUCUGGGGCGGGGGCGGAAAAGGCGGUAUCCGGGGGCGGGAGUGAGAGGCCGAGGGCGAGGCAUCAGCAUAGUCAAUCAAUGGAUGGGACGACGUCGAUUAAGCCGGAAAUGCUUGUUCCUGGGGGUGAUGAGGGUUCUCAUGCUGAUGCUAAGAAGGCAAUGUCUGCUGCUAAGCUUGCGGAGCUUGCUCUUAUUGAUCCUAAGCGUGCUAAGAGAAUCUGGGCUAAUAGGCAGUCAGCUGCAAGAUCUAAGGAAAGGAAGAUGAGAUACAUUGCUGAGCUAGAGCGCAAAGUCCAAACAUUGCAAACUGAGGCUACCUCUUUGUCUGCUCAGUUGACCCUGCUGCAGAGAGAUACAAAUGGCCUCAAUGCUGAGAACAGUGAGUUGAAGCUGCGUCUGCAAACAAUGGAGCAGCAGGUUCACUUGCAGGAUGCAUUAAAUGAAGCGUUGAAAGAGGAGAUUCAGCAUUUAAAAUUGGUGACUGGUCAAGCUAUGUCCAAUAGUGGGCCUAUGAUGAACUUUCCAGCUUCUUAUGCAGCCAACCAGCCGUUUUACCCAAGCAACCAGGCAAUGCAUACUCUGAUAACUGCACAGCAGUUUCAACAGCUACAGCUUCAUUCUCAAAAGCAGCAGCAACAGUAUCAACAGCAUCAACUGCAUCAGCUCCAGCAGCAACAAUUGCAGCAUCAAGAACCAACCCAGAUGUCUCAGCAUUCUGGUGAUUACAAAAUGAGGUCAUCAAUGUCAUUAUCCAAAGAAAAUACAUCAGAUCCCAUUUCUGGAGCAUCAAAGGAUUAAAGGUCAUAAGGCAUGGAGUUAUUCUGCAAUGAGUUCAAUAUAGUAAAAUUAUAUCAGCAGGGAUAACUUUGAGUUGUUUAUGUAGUCUCUAUACAAGUUUAUAUUGUUUGUAGUAAAAUUACAGCUACAGUUGAAAAACUACAGGUAAAAAUUGUUUGUAGGCAUUGUGGGUAUUGUGAUUGGUCUUUGGGUGAGAUGAUGUAGGUUGUAUCUUAUCCAAGCAUCGGAAUUGUUUUGGAGUUAUUAUCUUUAGAUGGAUGUCGUAAAAGAGUUUAGAGAAAUGCUCUAUAUAUCUACAUAGUUGAUAGCAGGAGUGGGUAGUGAUGGAGUGGUUUGAAGUCCAGUGUAGGGUGCAUGUGAUGGGUAUUGAUAUUUUAUAGUUAACUCAUUCAUUGUAAACAAAGAUUCUAGCUGGUCUAAGCUUUAUUCUAGCUUAGUUCAUUAGUUACUAAUCAUUUAGCAAAUUUUGAUAAGCAUAGGUAAAUCUUGAUCUUACAGAUUGCACUUCUGAAGGCACUUGAAGAAUUUUUCUGCAAUCAAGAUUUCUAUGCUUGGAGAUUAUUCCAAGCUUUUUACUGAUUUUGUAUUAGUGGAUAGAAAGGAAGGGGACGGAAACAACAUUUGCUGGCCUGAAUUCCUCUAUUUGAUGUCGUGUUAUUUAUGCUUUCAUACUUUGUAGAGGAAGGCUACUUGCUUGCUGCCUGAAAGUUGGUAAGAGCUAAUGAAGCUCAGCUUGAUGUUUAUUGUUUAAUUUUGUAGCAAUUUUUAACUUCUGAAAUAAAAAAAAAAAAAACGAUUGUGCAUGUACACAUAUUUGUUUA